AUGCCGAAAGACUCAAAGAUAGUGAUAAUUGGAUCGGGUGUUUUUGGAAUAUCCGCCGCAUACCAUUUGGCAAAGGAGCAAUAUCAGAACAUUAAGGUAUUUGAUAAGGGUGACUAUGACAAUAACAAGUUCAAUCCCCUCCAAGGUGCCACUGGUGCAUCCACCGAUUUUAACAAGCUUGUUAGGGCAUCGUACGUGGAAAAGGUUCACUAUCAAAACUUGGCUCUAGAAAGUUUGGCGGUGUACUAUGAAUGGAAUAAGCAACUAAAAAGCGCCGCUUUUCUUCCCGAGGGUCUCACUAACGACGAUCUCAUUUUCAAGAAUACGGGCUACGUCAGAUUGGAUGACUAUCCUAAUAACGAGGAGGAAAGAACUUUGGCCAAUUUUUCAAAGCAGGGUCUCAGAGCUUACGAGUACGACAUCAACGAUCCUGAGGACAUAGAAAGAUCUAAAAUCACUGGUUGGUACUCGAAGAUCGAUCCUCUCAACCAGAAAGGUACUGUAAAGACUCUCAGCGGGGUGCUUGACUCUAUUGCUGGAGUUGCCAACGCUGAUAAGGCCCUACUUUGGAUGAAAUAUUUAUGUGAACGUACUGGAAAUGUCGAUUUUAUCUAUGGUCCUCGCGCUGGUAGUGUUUCCAAGAUCGUUUACAGCUCUGAGACACCUGAAAAGGUCGUAGGAAUUGAAACUGCCGAUGGAAAGUAUUAUCCAGCUGACUACGUUAUAGUGGCAGCAGGAGGAUGGACACCCCAGCUUCUUCCUUCAAAGAAUCAGGAAAGGCUAGAGUCUGUAGGUUCAACCUUCAUCUGCGUGCAAAUUCCACACGACCGUCAGGACUUACUUGAGAAGUACAAGAAUUUCCCUAUGGUCAAUUGGAAGCUAACAUUUGAAGGAAACCUCAGAAAGGACGGGGUUUACAUGUUUCCUGCCACGGAUGACGGCAUCAUUAAAAUCGGUGCCAACGAUCACUUCUGGAGAUACUUGACUGGAAAUGACAAGGGAAUCUUAAGCGUUCCUAACACCGACUUUAAACUAUUGCCAUUGGAGUCACUCAACACCUACAAGAAGUUCUUCAGACAGUGGCUUGGUGACUUAUCUAAUGCUGGGGUGAAAAUUGAAAAGUCAAGGUAUCGCUUUUCUGCUGUUGGGCAACACAACGAAUUCGUUAUAGAUUUCAUUCCCGGACACUCAAACCUCAUAGUUUCUAGUGGAGGAGGUUUCCACGGUUUCAAGUUCUUGCCGAUUAUUGGCAGGUUCGUCGAGGGUCUUAUUUCAGGAAAGGAUUACAAGUACGCCGAGUUUUUUAAGUUUGAUUCUAUUCCUAAAAAGGACUACGACAUUGAAUUAGUGAAGGAUCAGGCCAAUCCUUAUGCCUUGAACUCAGUGAAAUUUGUGGACAGAAAAACCGACUACUUUGACCUAUAG